AUUGUUCUAUGAAACAAGACUGGGAGGACAGUCACUCUUCAGUGUGAUAAAGGAAAAUCCAGAGGAGUGUACCCAAACUGACUGGACAAAAUGGCAAAACAUUUUGUAAAGCUCUUCAGUUGUUUCAAUCCCAGAGAAAAUCGAGUGGUUACCAGAGCCAGAGAGGAGCAACUGCGAAAGUACAUCUUAGAGACCCUCAGCUACAUCAAAACAGCCAAGAACUUCUGUGACACAGAACAACAAUGGACCACUCAGAGGAAGACAGAGCUAAAGAAGAUGAGAGACAUCAAAAGCCGUGCAGACAAAGUCUCAGGCACUUCCAGAAAGCAGGAGCUGGAGAAGGAGCUGGGGGCAGUUCUAAGAGACACUCUGGAGGGGCUGCAGAACCUUCAGCCCUUCCUGGACGCAGUGGAGAGGCUAGCAGUCACCUCACUGUUCGUGUUCACAGAUGAGAUCUUCCUGCCGAGGGGGGUGAGUGCUGAGGCUGUACGAUCGGUGAUCUCAGCAGCCAGAACCGUAUCUCCGCUCCUCAUCCACUUCAAGAGAGAUGACGGAGCUUUCUUCUUGCCCAAGCUGGGCAACAUGGACGUCCUGGCUUUCCAGCUGGACAAAUAUGUCCGCAUCACACAAGAGCUCUGCGACAGAAUAUCCAAGAGCACAUUGGACAUUAUGGGCAUACAGGACAACUAUUCACUGACGUUUAGUUUCAAAAUCAAUGGGGCCACAAACAACAUGAUUGACCACCUGAGCAAAAUCAGAAUGGACGAGUCGUUCAGGAUGUCAUUCUUAUUUAAAGGGAAAGCUCAGCACUUCAUUGAGACCUACAGAGGAUGUCGCUCUAGGAUGUUCCAGUUCCUGUCAGAUCUAGAGGAGACUGCAGUCCAGCUGGAUAAAAUGAAGAAGGGCUCCAGCAUCUCCACUGUGGCGGGCAGUUCAGUUGGUGCUGUAGGAGGUGUCUUGUCUAUUGUAGGCCUGGCUCUCGCCCCCGUUACUGCAGGAGUGUCCCUGGCCCUCACAGCUACGGGGGUUGGGAUGGGGGUCACCAGUGGAGUCACUAGCUUAGUCACAGGCAUCACUGAAAUGGCAGUCAACAAACAUCAUGGGGAGAAUGCCAAAAGCAUUUUCCAGAGAUUUAUGAAGGACGUGCAGAAAGUCCAAGAUUGUCUAGAACAGGUAUGUACUCAGUGUCCUUUACCAAACCUUGAUGAGGGUGAUACCGCACUUGGUGCUGGAAAAGUGAUAGCCAGUGUUGGAACCGCAGGUAAAGGUACUGAUGCCCUCCUUGAUGGAGCUUCGGCUAUGAAAGCUCUCAGAAGUGAGGAAGUGGUUAGAAGUGCGGUCAGCAUGGGCCUUCAGGAAGCUAAAGCAGCUCGGAACAUCCCCAACCUUGCUGCAGACCUGCCUGACAUCGGGCAGCUGGCUAAGGGCACUCCUCUGGCGAUGACAAAAGCAGCCAGGGCCGGGUUUAUCACUCUAAACGCCUUAUUCGUUGGUCUAGAUGUUCUGUUCAUCUGCAAAGAAAGUGUGAGUCUGGCCAAAGGGACGAAAAGCAAAAUGUCUCAGCUCAUCUGCUGUAGAUCAGCUCUGUGGCGCUCAGAGAUAGAGGCAUGGGAUGAGAUCCAUGACUCUCUAUGCAAAGGGAGUGAAAUAUUCCAGGACAACCUUGAGAUUCUACAGCAAUCUUUUAACAUUAGUAGAGAGAUUAGAUCAAAAAUGCAAAAGAAGCUGAAGUGUAUUAGAAGGACCACAGAAUAUUUGUAAAUAUCAUUUUAACUGAUCCACUGCCAGCUCUACACUCUUUAAAAAGAUGGUUAUUUGAUAGUUCUUUGGUAAAGACAAUGGUUCUAUGUAGAACUGUGAACACUUAAAGAACGAUUUUCAUACUUUCUUUGCAUGGUGAAAUCAUUCUUUAGAUUGAUCGAGAAUGUGCUGCAUAUGGUUCUAUAUAGAACCUUUUUAAAGCAUUAGAAAGUAUAGCAUCAAAAUGGUUUUUCUAUUGUUACAAGCUUGACAUUGUACCAACACAAGAGCCCUUUUUGGUACUAUACAGUGGGUGUUGGUUCUAUAUAGAACCACAGUCUUUAUAAAAGAACCAUCCUUGUAAAGAGUGUACAUAAUAAACAACAAGUCCAGCAAGUUAGGACCCUGUUUUUUCAUGCUGUCCAACUUUUUGUAGCAACUUUUGGGUUGUUUUUAUAGCAUUAUGUUGUCUAAGAUGCUGUGCUAUGGCCAUGUAUCUGUACAAGGUGCUACACUACCCAGAGUGACUGACUUCCUGAGAUACAUAUGUGCAGCAUAUGUAAUACAGAAUAACAUAAAAUAUAGCAUUGGUGAUAUAAAAGUGAGAUGUUAUGAGGUCACUUGACAGAUUAUGCUUGUAAAAUACAAACCACAUAAUUUUUAUUUGGAACACUUGUAACAUGGCUAGCUAAGUCAGCAUGCUUUAGUUUAAGUAGCUAUUCAAUUUGGGCUACAUGCUCCAGUGUCGCUUGAUAUUCCUCAUCUUAGCAAUCAGAUGAGGAAUUAAUCGUAUAAUAUCAAUAUCAUAACACAUGACAAUAAGCAUUAAGUGUGCUGUAAAUGAGCAUAACAUGAUGGAAUAUGGUAAGAAAUCAAAAGAUACAAACUGGUGCAAUUUCUCUCUGAGUAGACUACCUUCCCAUUAGCUUAGUCAGGCUUUUAUGACAUAAUUUUUAAUGCAAGCUUUUUCAGAAAUCAGUGAGACAGAGAGGAGUAAAAUCUACUUUCUUAUAAAAGUUGUAUAGUUGUAACUGGAGUCAAAUCAACAGUCAAAUGUGUUGCUCCAAUAUGUGUAUGAACCCCUCAGCAUUAAUGAUGCCUCCACAGAUGCACAACUUACUCAUAAAUACUCCCCACACAGUGACAGAUACUGACUUUUGAACUUUAUGCUGGUAACAAUCUGGAGGGUCCUUUUCCUGUUUGGCAUCCAUUAUUUCCAAAAUUUCAAAGGUGGGCUCAUCAGACCAUAAGACAGUCCAUUUCAGAUUAGCUUAAGUCCAGAGAAUUCGGUGGUGUUUCUGGAUGGUUUUUUAAAUAUAUGGCUUCUGAUUUGUGUAGUAGAGUCUUAACUUGUAUUUGUAGAUGCAGUGAUGAACUGUGUUUACUGACAAUGGUUUUCCAAAGUAUUCUCGAGCCAAUGUGUUUAUGUUCUUUACAGAAGUAUGUCAUUUUUUAAUGUAGUGCCAUUCUUUGCAAUUGCAUGCAGCUUUUUUGCAAAUCUUGAAACUUCAGUGCUUGAAAACAAAUCAGCCUUUCAUGAAUGCUCCUCUUAUACCCAAUCAUGGAAGCAUCUACUGAUACAAGUGUUUUUGAUCAUUCCACAAACUUCCCAGUCUUACAUUGCCCCUGUUCCAGACUUUUUUGCAAUGUGCUGCAGGCAUCA